GGGCUGGUGGUGCUGGAGGGCUGCACCGUGGAGCUUUGCGAGGCUGCUGAGGAGUUUGCCUUUGCCAUCCGCUUCGAUGAUGCCGGUGCCCGGGCUUAUGUGCUGGUGGCCGAUGGGCAUGCCGCCAUGGAGGCCUGGGUGAAGGCCCUUUCUCGGGCCAGCUUCGACUACAUGAGGCUGGUCGUGAGGGAGCUGGAGAAGCAGCUGGAGGAGGCCUGCAAGAGCUUGGCCGCUUGCCGCAAGUCUCCGCGGAGAUCCUCCUCCUCUGGCAGGAAGAGGCACCUCUCCAACCCUGCCUUGCUGCCUCUCCAAGAGAAGCCUGCUGUCCUGGAGAAUGGAUACUCCACGUGGGGCAGUGAUGUCCCUGGGGGAGCCGCCUGCCUUGACCGCGAUGGAGGGCACACAAAGCCCCCGCCUCUGCCUCCGCGCCGGCGCUCAGCCACCAGUGGCAUCACGGGGUCCCCG